CCAGAAUCUCAUACCUUUCCAAAAUCAACACUAAUCCAAAUUUUAAGCCAUGUCUGCAAACUCUUCGAAUGGGUUCCCCGUGCUAGAAGGCGUCACCGUCUUCGCCCUGCCUCCCGAUGGCUAUGCCACCGAUUUAAAGAACCCGGCAGCACAAAGUGCGCUGGCGCAUUUCCUCGUCUUUGGGAUUGCUGGGUCGCUGGCUCUUAUCGCGCUCUGCCAACUGGCGGCUUAUGCCAUUACACAUGGGAAAUACCAAUCGAAAUAUUCGAAUCCAGUAUGA